AUGAGACAACGACAUUGGUUGGAGACGGUAAAGGAUUAUGAUUGUGAAAUUCAUUAUCAUCCCGGGAAAGCCAACAUAGUUGCAGAUGCACUGAGCAGAAAGGAAGAAUAUUCACCUAUUCGGGUGCAGUCGAUGCAGUUAGUAGUGACCUCGGGUUUACUUGAUCGAAUCAAAGAGGCGCAAACUGAAGCUGUAAAAGAAGAAAAUUUAAAAAAGGAAAGAAUAGUGGGUCAGCUUAAAGACUUAAAAGAAAAUAGGAAGGGAUUAAAAACCCGUUUUGAUCGAAUCUGGGUUCCAAACACUUGCAAUGUUAAAACUCUUCUUCUUGAUGAAGCCCACAAGUCCCGCUAUUUUUUUCAUCUGGGAGCUACCAAGAUGUACAAAGACUUGAAACAAAAUUAUUGGAGGCCCGGAAUGAAGCGAGACAUCACAAACUACCAUUCCAGUAUCGGAAUGGCACCAUAUGAAAUGCUUUACGGCAGAAAGUGUCGAACCCUGGUAUGUUGGGGUGAUGUGGGUCCACGAGAAUUAGCUCACAAAGAUAUAGUCAGUAUCACUAAUGAAAAGAUUGAAGUGAUUCGGGCUCAUUUAAAAGCUGCUCAAGAUCGGCAGAAGUCUUACGCGGAAAAAAGACGAACGCCAAUCGAGUUCCAGGUUGGUGAUAUGGUUAUGCUUAAAGUAUCUCCGUGGAAAGGCGUUAUCCGAUUCCGAAAACGGGGAAAAUUAAGUCCAAGAUUUAUUGGACCAUUCAAGAUCGUAGAGCGUGUGGCUGAUGAAACGGCUUAUAUAAGCUAUGACGACAUUGAAGUUGAUGAUAAAUUGAAUUAUGUCGUAAAGCCUAUCGAAAUUCUUGAUCGAAAGGUUAAAAGCUUAAGACAUAAAGAAAUCAACCAAGUUAAAGUUAAAUGGGAACAUCGAAGGGAUCAGACACCACUUGGGGGUCCGAAGAAGAGAUGA